UGACAAUUAGAGUCAUCUGACAACAUUUAAUGGCUAUUAAAUCAAGUGUAACGACAUCAAAUCUCUUCAACACCUGGAACUAUAAAAUUAUUAAGAUCUUGUAUCGCAACGCUCGAAACCAUUGAAAUCAGUUGUAUAUGAAACCUCGAAGUGUUCACUUAUUUUUCGGAUAUGACGACUGUCAGUUUUUAUAUACUGCAGAACUUUCUGAUUCGUACUUUAGCGUUUACUCCAACGCGUCCAUUAUAUUUGACACGAUCUGAAGAAAAAGUAGUCGAAAAUUUAGAACUGUACGAACCAGAUGCGCUUCAAAUUCCCCCAAUUCAUGUUACUGAAAAGUUUACUUCAACACCAGACAACAUCGAUGUUAAGAAUCAACAAAGUCCAUCCCUAAGCUCCGUAGUUGAUUUGGAGCCUGUUGAUGGCUAUCCACUUGGCGUUCCAAGUAAUCGGCGACCUGUUUUCCAACCUGCAACCCCAAAACGCAACUGUCAUAUUAUCAAAUGCCCAAAGUUCACACACGCCACCUUCGGCACUGACUUUAAAAAGUGCUACGAGUUCUUGAAUCCGUGUUACUUGGCGGUUGCCAGCUGUGUGCGCUACAAUGCUCAACUCCCGCGUCUUAAAGUUGUCGAGAAGAGUCAAUGUCAUAACCUAGAGUCGUAAUUGCAAUGUGCUGAAUACCAUAUAUUUAAAAAAAAACUUACCCAUAAAUCAAUAAUAUUAAUUUUCCUGCCUGAUUUCUAUUUCACAUAACACUCAACAUUAAUCAAUUAUUAAUUAUAUUAAGCUUUUUUUACUGCUUAAAACUUCGCGGCUAUUCAUCACAUUCUUUUUGAUGCAAAUUAUUGUACGAGUUUAUUUAAUUUCAUUUGAAACAAAAACAAAUGCACAAAUUGACAAGUUCUCAUGCACUUUAA